AUGAAUAUCGUUGGUUUGAUGUCAACAUCCUCGUCUACUACAAAUUCCGUAACACCAGUUACUUAUCAAUUAAGUGAGCAACGUGGUGUACGUCGUCCCAAAUGCGCACGUUGUCGAAAUCACGGAAUGAUCUCAUGGUUGAAGGGACAUAAACGUCAUUGUAAAUUUCGCGAUUGUGCUUGUGCCAAAUGUAUUCUGAUUGCUGAACGACAACGCGUGAUGGCUGCGCAAGUUGCUUUAAAACGACAACAAGCAAGUGAAGAUGCAAUCGCUUUACGUGUUCGUUGUCU